GUUGGACGAGUUAGGGUGUUACUGCUGCUCCCGAGGCCCUGGCCAAUAGAACCAGAUCCACCCCGCUGUGCGUAAGCGCGCAAUUAAGGAUUUAACCAAGGCAGUGCUGCGCCUCAGCCAGCAGUCAGCCGGCCGGAGACAGAGACUCUAAGACUCCCAGCCUCCUCCUCGCCGCGGCCGCCGCCUCCUCCUUCUCUCCUCCUCCUCUUCCUCCUCCUCCCUCGCUCCCACAGCCAUGUCUGCUUAGACCAGAGCAGCCCCACAGCCAACUCGGGCAGCCGCCGCCGCCACAACAGCAAAGACAGCCGCUGCCGCCGCCCGUGAGCGAUGACAGGAGUGUUUGACAGAAGGGUCCCCAGCAUCCGAUCCGGCGACUUCCAAGCUCCGUUCCAGACGUCCGCAGCUAUGCACCAUCCUUCUCAGGAAUCGCCAACUUUGCCCGAGUCGUCAGCUACCGAUUCUGACUACUACAGUCCUACGGGGGGAGCCCCGCACGGCUACUGCUCUCCUACCUCGGCUUCCUAUGGCAAAGCGCUCAACCCCUACCAGUAUCAGUAUCACGGCGUGAACAGCUCCGCCGGGAGCUUCCCAGCCAAAGCUUAUGCCGACUAUAGCUACGCCAGCUCCUACCACCAGUACGGCGGCGCCUACAACCGCGUCCCAAGCGCCACCAACCAGCCAGAGAAAGAAGUGGCCGAGCCCGAGGUGAGAAUGGUGAAUGGCAAACCAAAGAAAGUUCGUAAACCCAGGACUAUUUAUUCCAGCUUUCAGCUGGCCGCGUUACAGAGAAGGUUUCAGAAGACUCAGUACCUCGCCUUGCCGGAACGCGCCGAGCUGGCCGCCUCGCUGGGAUUGACACAAACACAGGUGAAAAUCUGGUUUCAGAACAAAAGAUCCAAGAUCAAGAAGAUCAUGAAAAACGGGGAGAUGCCCCCGGAGCACAGUCCCAGCUCCAGCGACCCAAUGGCGUGUAACUCGCCGCAGUCUCCAGCGGUGUGGGAGCCCCAGGGCUCGUCCCGCUCGCUCAGCCACCACCCUCAUGCCCACCCUCCGACCUCCAACCAGUCCCCAGCGUCCAGCUACCUGGAGAACUCUGCAUCCUGGUACACAAGUGCAGCCAGCUCAAUCAGUUCCCACCUGCCGCCACCCGGCUCCUUACAGCACCCGCUGGCGCUGGCCUCCGGGACACUCUAUUAGAUGGGCUGCUCUCUCUUACUCUCUUUCUUGGGACUACUGUGUUUUGCUGUUCUAGAAAAUCAUAAAGAAAGGAAUUCAUAUGGGGAAGUUCGGAAAACUGAAACAAAAAGAUUCAUGUGUAAAGCUUUUGUUUUUUUUUUGCAUGUAAGUUAUUGCGUUUCAAAGGACCGCCCCCCCUUUUUUACAGAGGACUUUUUUUGCGCAACUGUGGACACUUUCAAUGGUGCCUUGAAAUCUAUGACCUCAACUUUUCAAAAGACUUUUUUCAAUGUCAUUUUAGCCAUGUAAAUAAGUGUAGAUAGAGGAAUUAAACUGUAUAUUCUGGAUAAAUAAAAUUAUUUCGACCAUGAAAA